CAAGGCAGAAACGUUUUAAAGAGCAACAACAUAUUCUGCAGGCUAACAAGCGACCAGCUUCCUGUUUCCUCUACCCACAGGAACACAGAAAAACCCCACCAAAAUAUAAGCUGUGUAUUGAUAACUGCGCUGACUGCGUUACUGGAGGCUGGAUUAAGGCACCAAGCCUCGGGACAGCGCAGCCUUGUGAAUGACCGGAGGCUUUUCAGAGGAUUAAUGCAGCCUAAAGGUGGAGCAAAAAUUGUGAAGGUUGGUGGCGGACGAGAGUGUAAUCUUUUGAGCCGACAGGGACGCACGGCGGGAGAGAUGGACAAGCCAGCUCUCGGAUUUGGCGAAUUAUCUGAGGAAUUGGUGGGUUGAUCGACACUCUUUAACCAACAGCAAACUGAACUACACAUCCUCUGGGAACAGACAUGCUGCACAAACUUAUGCUGCAAAUCGCUUUAGCAGCAAGCCUCCUCUCACCUGAGCUAUCAAGUGCCACAGCUACUAAAACAAAAGCUCAAGUAAAGAACAACUCGGGUGUGACACCAGCUGGGGAGUGUGGGACCUGGGUAAAGAAGCCUGAUGGAGGGCAUUUCACAUCACCGAAUUACCCUGAGAAAUACCCACCUGAGAGGGAAUGCAUCUAUAUUAUAGAAGCCUCUCCUCGGCAGUGCAUCGACCUGUUCUUUGAUGAGAAGUAUUCCAUCGAGCCCUCCUGGGAGUGUAAGUUCGACCACAUUGAAGUCCGCGAUGGUCCCUUUGGUUUCUCUCCCAUAAUUGGUCGCUACUGCGGGCAGGAAAGCCCGUCAUAUGUCCGCUCCAGUGGGAGGUACUUGUACAUCAAAUUUGUGGCUGAUAGUGAACUGGAGGCCAUUGGUUUCUCAGCACGGUAUAACUUCACAAAAGGUGAGUGA